CUGCACUGUUCAGUGUCUUCGCCAUGGCGAGGAAAGGGCACGUGGAUUUGGCCCAGAAGAGCGGUUCUUCCCGGGGUUUGAGCACCCUGGAAAUAUGGCUGAUAUUCCUCUUCGUGGUGAUGACUGGUGUGAGCGUGGCCCUCGUGGUCCUCUACUUUGUCAACGAGGAAGACCCUGCGCCUCUUCAAGAGGGGCCGGAUUCGGGCUGCGGCGGUCCACGGGAGCUCACCGCAGCGUCUGGCAAUUUCGCCAGCCGACACUACCCAAGUAGCUAUGACAACGGCAGGAGUUGCUCUUGGCACAUUACCGUGGACCCUGAUAAGGUGAUCUCACUAUGGUUCCAAGAGUUUGCCUUGGAGGACACCAACUUGUGCACUGCGGACUUCAUCACGCUGCGAGAUUCUCUCGGAAUCAUCGGCAAAUAUUGCGGCUACAGCAAACCCUUGCCUUUGGUGUCUCUAACCAACCGGCUGACCGUUUACUUCGACACCAACGACAGAAAAACAGACCAAGGAUUCAAAGCUCAUUACGAGGCCGUGUCUCCGGAGCGGACUUCAGAAAUAGCUGGAGCCGGUGGUGCUCUCCAAGGUGACCUGGGGAGUCUGCUGACCCCUGGCUUUCCUGAGCAGAACUACCCCAAUGGUGCGCUGUACCAGUGGAAAAUCACCGUGCCCGAAGGCGAGCGGGUUCGAUUGACGUUCACCUGGUUCGACCUGGUGCCGGAAGUGUGCGGAGACUUUGUGCAGGUCUACGAUGGCUCUUCAUCAAUAGGUAAAUUCUGUGGGGGAGCUUUGCCUAAACCGGUGGAAUCCAGCAGCAACACCAUGGUGGUGCGAUUCAAAUCGGACAGCAGCAAGAACGCCAGAGGCUUCAAUGCUACCUACACAAAGUCCAGCCUCCCGCCUAUUGUGGUCCCCACCACCACGAAGCCCACAACCACGUCCAAACCCACCACCCAGACUCUCCCGCCUACAACCACAGCAACCGGUGGUCCGAUUAUUCUCAGCGGGCGCAAGGGUGUCUUCCAAUCAACGGGCUUCCCUGAUCCAUAUCCAGCUCACCAGAACAUCUCCUGGAGGAUAAGCGUACCCAAAGGCUUUCUGUUGAAGCUGCACGUCGUUGAGUUGGCCAUCACGGGCGAAACCGGACAGUGCAAGGGCGACAAGUUGGUCGUAUCGGACGCUUACGGCACGCUAGGCACGCACUGCGGCUACAUCCGUCCUCCAGUUAUGGUGGCCGCCACCAACACUCUGUCUGUCUCCUUCUUGUCGGACAGUCGCCUCACCGACAGGGGCUUCUCUGCCAAGUGGGAGGCCGUCUACCCUGAGGACAUAGCAGAAUUCCAAGGAUGCGGCUUGUCGUCAAAGGAGGGGACCGGCGUGAUCAAGUCUGCCAACUGGCCAAUGAACUACAAGGCCAACGGCGAGUGCAUGUGGAACGUCGCGGCGCCGCUGGGCAAGAAAAUCACACUGACCUUCACUCACUUUGAGCUGGAAGCCAAAGACUUCCUGUCAGCCAAGUGCUUCGACAACGUUGUGGUGUACGACAUUAACGGCUUGACCAAUUCCUUGAAUCAGAAACAUGGACCGUUUUGUGGCAACAAGCUUCCAAAAACCAUCCAGACCAAAGGGAAUAGGCUCGUGGUACGCUUCCAUUCAGACUUGUUCACGGAGGACAAAGGUUUCCGGGCCUACUGGACUACGAAUCCCAGUCUGCCUGCACCGACCGAGGCGCCUGUUCCACCGAAUCCUUGGGACGACAUCAUCAUAGACUGGCCCACCACUUGCGGCAAACCAGCCAUCUCGCCGGCUGUUAUGUCUCGCAUUGUGAACGGAGAAGCAGCCACGCCGCACUCGUGGCCCUGGCAGGUCUCCAUGCAGGUAUGGCCGUCCAGUCGACCCGAACCAACUUUCUUCCAUACGUGUGGCGGCACUCUUAUUCAUAAGAACUGGGUGCUCACGGCAGCUCACUGCUUCAUCAACUAUGCGGACGAGCUGCACCGCUGGCAAAUGUGCCUGGGCAAGCACAACCUGACCUUCACAGAGCCCAGCGAGCGCUGCUUGGGCGUGACGGGCAUCUACCGCCACGAGAGCUUCAAGUACCCCACUGUGCCCACCGUGGAGUUCGACAUCGCCCUGGUCAGGCUGGACGGGGAGGCUGAAGUUGGGGACCAGAUCUCUUACGCCUGCCUCCCCUCCCCGGAGGAGGUUCUGCCUGGGGGAAAGAAGUGCUACGCCACCGGCUGGGGAGAUGAAACCGGGGAUUCCCUGAACGCCAAAGUGGCAGAGGCUCUAAACCAGGUGGCCUUACCCGUGGUACCGUACAACACGUGCAAGCGGAUGGACCACUGGUGGUUCCAGGUGAAGACCUCCAUGAUCUGCUGCGGUUACACAUUGCCCGACGAGCUCAAGUCCGUCUGUCAGGGAGAUUCCGGUGGUCCUCUGGUGUGCCAGGAUCGCCCCGACAGUGCCUGGGAAGUUCACGGAAUCACCAGCUUCGGUCCCAUCGGGUGCAUCAUGAACAAGAAACCCUCUGUGUUCACCAGAACAUCCGCCUACCUUCCCUGGAUCAGCAACGUCAUCCGCAGGGAUAUCUACAACCAACACACAUCCGGCUGUGGCGGACCAAAGGACUUGACGGGCACGGGCGGUAUGUUGUCCUCCAUGGGCUUCCCGGGAAGCUACAGCAACAAGGCUCGAUGCCAGUGGAACAUCUACGCGCCUGCCGGCAAACUGGUGCACCUUCACUUCUCCAACUUCUCUCUGGAGGAGAGUCAAAUGUGCUUGAGCGACAAAGUCAGCAUUUCAGAUGGAACAGGAAGUCUGGGCUCGUACUGCAGUCACACGACACCUAUGGACCUGGUGAGUGACGGGACUUCGCUUCACAUCAGCUUCUCGUCAAACGACAAGGUGGUGGACACGGGAUUUUCGGCCAGCUGGAAGGUGGUAGAACCUUCGGAAGCUCCUUGCGGGGGAACGUUUAGCAGCCCCCAGGGUGAACUCACCAGUCCCGAUUGGCCCAACGACUACCCAACCCAAGCUGUGUGUACAUGGAGGAUUCGGGUCAACGGCGCCAAAAGCAUCCACGUGGCCUUCACGCACUUUGAGCUGCAAGCCGUCAACCUGCUGGGCAACUGUGUGGACUACGUGGAGGUCUUCAUUGGAGAGAACAUGACGUCGCAAGGUCGUUUCUGCGGUUUUGAACUGCCGCCCAAAUUGAACGUGCCGGGCGACACGGCCGUCAUCCGCUUCUUGAGCAACGGCGCCAACCGGCAGCAAGGUUUCCGCGGCUACUGGACCACCGACGGCGGCGUCAUCCCGACUCUACCACCGCCCACGCCCAACCCGUGGGACAACAUUACCAUCAGCUGGCCAGAGAACUGCGGAAACCCGGCAGUGGCUCCCAAUACAGGCACAACAAAGGUUGUUAAUGGAGAAGAAGCGCUACCUCACUCCUGGCCUUGGCAAGUCUCCAUGCAGGCUUCGCCGAUGUCUCUCAUUCCUUACAUGCACGGCUGUGGAGGUUCAUUGAUCCACGAAGAGUGGAUCCUAACAGCCGCUCACUGUUUUAUGUUCCCGCUCAACCAAAGCUCGUACUGGCGCAUGUGCCUGGGGAAGCACCACAUGAACUCCUCCAGGGACAUCCCGUCGGCGGAGGCGUGCUACAAGGUGGACAGCAUCAUCCGCCACGAGGGCUUCGUCUACGAGAACGACCGCACUGACAUCACCAAUGACAUCGCCCUGGUGCAUCUGGUCCAUCCCGUCAACAUGACAAAGGAGAUCAGCCCUGUUUGUCUACCCCAGCCCGGGGUGGUGGUGGAGGCUGGGACGCGAUGCUUUGUCACUGGUUGGGGGGACGAGAAAGGAAACUUCUUCCCCAAAGUGUCUGAGAAACUCAACCAGGCUGCUCUUCCUGUGGUGGACUUCAAGACCUGCAGCAAGCCCGCCUACUGGUGGGACACGCUGCGGCCCUCCAUGAUCUGCGCCGGGUACGAGUCCCCGGAUGAACUCAAAUCGGCGUGCCAGGGUGACUCUGGGGGCCCCUUUGCGUGCAAGGCCGGCGCCACCUGGGAAGUGCACGGUGUGGUCAGUUUCGGAGCGCAGGGAUGCAUCAAGGAUAAGAAGCCGUCCGUGUUCACGCGGGUUUCUGCUUUUAGCCACUGGAUCCAUGACAAAAUCAGGAAGUUCACGUACGAACGGGACAGCUUAUUUACAGUGGUACCUUGAUUUACAAGUUUAAUUUGUUCCGUGAACAAACACGUAACUUGAAUAACUUGUAUCAAAGAAGAAAAUAGCUCGCUAUUGUAUUUUACUGUAUAAAA